AUGUUUUGGCCUUAUGACAUUUAUUUUAGGUUUCCCCUCACACAUGAUCAUCCAGCAUCUCAUUUUUGCCGGCAUGCAACUCGAAGCUGCUCUUCCCAACCACAACAUCAUUCUCCACCUCCUUCCCAACUAUAUUUGUCUACUCUCACAGGCACUCAAGUCCUUCUACUCGUCAUGUCAGAAAUGGGUCUCAUUUACACCUUUAUAACUUCAAAGCUGCAACCUCUUGUCACUCAACCAGAGGGCAAGAAUCUCAUUCAAGCAUGUCUGAAUGCUCCCCGUUGCUCUUCCCUCUGUAAUGCCAGUUGGUAUGCCUAUACAACACCCAGAAUGAGUCUCCCCUCCACCACCUAG